CUUCCUUCCAGCCCCUCCAGCGUGAAUGGGGCGGAACCUUUGCCGGCCUCCCCUUCGCCUGGUCCGGCCCAAACAAACAAGGAAGGCCGCCUGGAGAAAGCCACAGGCCGCUCUCAGGAGGAGGAGGAGGAGGACUAGAGAGGCUUCGCAGAGCCAUGGAUGCUCUUACUACAUACAAAGAAAUCUUCCUGCAGUAUUUGAACAAGACAAGAAAUAAUGUGAAUGAAAAGUGUGCUGGGAUUGAGCCCUGGCAAUUGAUAGCAUCAACAGCUGCAGCUACUCUCUUGCUUGUUUGGCUACAUGCAUUCCUCUUCCAACAAGAAAGUUUAACAUCACGAUUUAAACAAUGGUUCUUCAGAUUUAUACGCAAACUGCCUAUCAUUGGUACUGAAAUCCAAAAACAAAUGAACAAGACUGUGAAUGAUAUGGCUUCUGGUUUGUCAUUCUUGCAAGACAAAAAGGACUAUAUCAAAACCUUGCCAGCAAAAGGCUUGAGUCAGCCAGAAGUGUUGAAGAUGAUGAAAGAAUACAAUGCUAUGGGCGAUGUACGUUGGAAAGAUGGCAAAGUAUCCGGUACAGUGUACAGUGGGGAAGAGAAACUCACUGAUCUACUUGUUAAGGUUUAUGAGGAGUUUGCAUGGAGUAAUCCUCUUCAUCCAGAUAUAUUCCCAGGCGUGAGAAAGAUGGAAGCGGAGGUAGUGAAGAUGGUUUGCACACUCUUCCAUGGUGGGCCCAACUCUUGUGGAACAAUGACCUCUGGUGGUACAGAAAGCAUUUUGAUGGCAUGUAAAGCUUACAGAAACAUGGCUUAUGAAAAAGGAAUCAAGCACCCAGAAAUGCUUGUUCCCAAAAGUGUGCAUGCGGCGUUCGAUAAAGCUGCUCAUUAUUUUGGGAUGAAGAUUGUGCACAUUCCAUUGACCAAAUCUAUGCAAGUGGAUGUUAAGGCAAUGAAGAGAGCCAUUUCCAAGAAUACAGCUAUGCUGGUCUGUUCAGCACCUCAGUUUCCUCAUGGGGUCAUGGACCCAGUCGAGGAAGUAGCAAAGCUUGCCAGAGAAUAUAAUAUUCCUCUCCACGUGGAUGCCUGCCUUGGAGGCUUUCUUAUUGUCUUUAUGGAGAAGGCAGGGUUCCCGCUAAAACACCCUUUUGAUUUCCAAGUGGAGGGUGUCACCAGCAUUUCUGCAGAUACCCACAAGUAUGGCUAUGCUCCAAAGGGCUCUUCUGUGAUACUGUACAGCGAUGUAAAAUAUCGGCACUAUCAGUUUUUUAUUGCUCCUGACUGGCAAGGAGGGAUCUAUGCCUCCCCUACCAUAGCUGGAUCCAGGCCUGGUGGCCUCAUUGCAGCUUGCUGGGCAACCAUGAUGCACAUAGGAGAAGAAGGUUAUAUAGAGGCCACUCGGAAAAUAAUUUCAACAGCACGAUUCCUUGAAUCAGAGUUGCAGAAAAUUGACAACAUCUUCAUUUUUGGAAAACCGGAAGUAUGUGCUCUCGCUCUGGGGUCAGAUACAUUUGACAUAUAUCGGUUGUCAAAUUUGUUAUUAACGAAAGGAUGGAAUCUUAAUGUUUUGCAGUUCCCACCGAGUAUUCAUAUUUGCUUAACACUUCUGCACACAAAGCCUGGAGUGGCAGACCUACUCUUGAAGGAUAUCAGAGAAUGCAUCACAGAGAUUAUGAAGGACCCCAAAGCCAAGACCACUGGCAUGGGUGCUAUUUAUGGCAUGGCACAAGCCAUACCUGACAGAAACAUGAUUUCAGAGAUUGCCAGUGCUUAUUUGGACUGCCUGUACUGCACAGAUGUUCCUCCUUCAGCAGAUGCUCACAUGAAUGGUUCUCCAGGCCACCACUGAUCCUAUAGCAACUGCUUCUUCAGUAGCUGGGUGGCAUUCUAAAGAUGUCUAGGGAAAGUGAAACAUAAGAUGUUGUUCCUGCAAGUGCAGGACACAUGGCAGCUUUGAUCAUCUGUUUCAUAAAAACUUGUUCACUUCCCAUGAUAAGCACAGACAUAUCUCCAACUUUUCCUUGGCUUUGAUAUCUGUGAGUUCUCACAAGUUGUGUCUCUAAUGCUGACUCUUUGUAUUCCUUUAUGCUGGCUAAUCCUUGGAAAAGCAGCUGUAUCCUGGCCAUUGCAAGUCCAUUCCAUCAGUGCUCACACUUAAGUCUUUGAGACAUCUAUUUGUUUUUUACCUUUUUGUUGACUUUGUUUUUGUCUUGAACAGUGAGCCACUGGAAAAGUCUGGAUGCUAACACACUCUCCAGACUUUAUGGGAUAAGAACUAAAAGAGUGCAAAUGUGGUUUAGAUUGUUCUGUAUGGGAAUCUGCUCUGAAUUCCAGACAGAGUAGAGGGAGAUUUCAAGGAAAGAAUGAUGUUCUCUUCAUUUUCAACACCCACCCUGAUGUAAUUUUAAUGUUUUUCUUCUUUCCCUGGAGUUUUAAAAAUGCCACCCACAAUAGUUGUCCAGUUGUGUAUAUUUGUGCAAGCUCAAAAGGCCAAAAUGGUUCUUUUGUUUGCUGCAAAGUCUGAUACGGCACUCUGCUGAAAGAUUAGGAAUCUAUUUGUGAUUCCUGGGUACCAGCAUCACAUUUUGAGAAGACCAGAGAUCUAGCUGGUCCACUUCCAACCCCUGUGCUGGAACUUACAUAGACUUGUGGCAUGAAUGUUAACUUUUAAAAUGUAAAUUCUUUGUGGCAGAUGAUGAUCUUACUUUAACAUGUUAGUGGACUCUGCCUUUUGUUUUUGUUCUUGGUAAUACAUUGACUGUGGGGCACAUUCUUGAGAGAACACUUCCAGAUUUUGCCAGGAAGGAAGCUGAAGAGUCUGUCAAACAGAUGAUCAACUGUUUCAUGGUACUACACUGAAAAUAACCUCAGUGGCAAAUCAGCCUCAGGUAACAUAUUCUCCACCCUCCAUAUUGUCUGAGCCAACCCUAUUUAACAGAGAGAAAGAGCAGGCCUUUGUAACUGUUGCUCAGAGAAGUGGUCUUAACUGUAUUCUUGUGGCUCAGCUUGCUUCUAGGAAAUAGCUAUAAUUCUUGUGUGAAAUUCCUGGGACAAAGGGCAGGUACCACUAGUUUGUUCCAAGGCUUGGGUGAGGGUGUAGUAACUUCCAGUCAGGUCUUAAGCCAUUUCUGUGCAUCUUCCUAGGUGACAUGAGUGUUUUAUCACCACUUGUUAUCAGAGAUCCUGUAGAGAAAGCUUAGUGGUGAACUUACAGGUGUUCACUUCUGGAAUGCUUCCUUCUCUCUCCCUAACCAGUAUUACACAGUUCUUGAUGUGUUGGGGCUAGAUAAAUUGUUCAGUUUUUCACCGUUGUGAAUUCUGGGAAUAACGGUUAGCCCUUUAUAGCCAUCUUUUCUCUUUUAACUCCGAGUAGAGGGAGCAUAAAGUGACUUGAAUGCUAUUGUUUGAGAUACGUGUAUGAAAAAGAUAUCUAGUAUAUAUUUCAAUCAAUGCACAGGUACGAUUUCCACAGCACUGUUUUAUAAUAUUUAAGAAAGGGAAAUAUUUGACUGUCAUGUCCUAACCAUGUAUGUAACUCGCCUUGAUGUAUCUGGUAUAACUCAUCUCGAUGUAUCUGAUAAUCUUAUUUUUCAUUCAAGUUGUAGAGUGGAGCAAAGUUCUUGUCAGUUUCUGCAGGAUCUGAAGCUUUGCAAUCAAAUCAGAAAGUCAACCUCUGUUUGCCUACUGUUGUAGGACUAUUUGGAAUGCAUAGCUCUGUUUACUUCAUCAUGCAGACAUCUUUCAGGUUUAAAAUAAUAAAAAAAGAAAGCUAGGGCAAAAAUGUUUCAUUUUAAAUGUUGUUGGAUAAUUUCUAUGCAAAAUUAAACGGACCGAUUAUACAGUUUCCUUUCUUA